ACAGAAAACAACUUGAGUUCUGUCCUGCACCACUCGAGUCCAGAAGCACUCUGAGGAAUCACUGGCCCUGACCACAAACCACUUCUCACACAGUAUUUGAAUAGUAAAUAAAGAAAUUAGAUAUCACAUUUGUUUACAUGUUGCCACAAUAUCAUCCCUUGUGUUUUGAGUUUGUGAAGGAUUUAAAGAUCAGAUUUAAGCAGCUAAAAAAAAAAACAAGUUCUUUUGUCACAUAAUGGAGGGAAAAAAGCAGCUGAAGUCUAGAAAAAAGUCCCUCAAAAAGUCUAAAAACAAUUUUUACGACUUAGAAAAUACAACUGGGAAGAGAAAGGAAGUUGAAACCAAAUUGUUACAUCCACUACAUCAAAAUACACAAUCAUAUUUUUCCUUUCCCCCCCAUUAUUAUACUUUUAAUCAGAUGUUUUUCAAGUGUUUGUCUUUUAAUUUCUUCAAAUUAAUCUUUUGAUAAAUAUGCCUUUAAACUAUUUUGGAAAGCCCAAACAGAUUUAUGAGAUUCUGAUAGGUUCAUCCGCAACAAAUGGAGGGGCAGAUAAAGAUGCAUAGGCUGAAAGGCCACUCAGAGAAGAAGAAGCCAUUCCUCCUGAAACAAGAUAAAAACCCAGACCACAGUUUCCAAACAAAGUCAUAUUGUCUGAUGGAAGAAUAACUGAAGAAUUUUGGCCAUAAUGACCUUCCUUACAUUUGGAAAAAGAACAAAGAGCCCAUGAGACCUUCAUGCGAACAGACCAAACCAGGAUUCAAACCAAGACUAGUCAUCAUUGCUACCAAUUGUACCACUGCACAGAACAAACUGAGUUACCACAGUGCGGAUAAAUUCAGUAUUUCACACCUAUUUAUUUUGUUCUUAAAGUUUUGAGCCUGGCUUCCAGUCAUCUCCAACCCUUUGCAAACACAAACCACAAUGCAGGAACCUGAGAGAUGCACUCAAUUUAAAAAUAAAUCACCUAAUUCUGCACAGUGAGAGGCGCUAAAUAAAGCUGGCUGUCCCGGCAGCAGGUGCUCAUGUCAUUGUAUCACUCUCUCUCUCUCUCUCUAACACAGAGAGGAAGCCAGGACCAGGCUGACCAGACUUAUAUGGAGCCCAGGGGGCAAUCUGAGACCCACUUGGUUUGCCUCUAUUUUAGGGUACUGACAUGGAUAGCACAAGCUUCUGUUUAUCAUUCUGCUCACCAAGCCACCGGGCACCAGGGUGCCUCUUUUAUCCUCCCAUACACACACCACCAACAACCAAACACCAGUAAUGCAGUAAAUCUGGCUGAAUGUGUGCCGGAGAAGCCAAAGAGAUCCGCUCUGAACCAGCUGACCCGAACCCUGCUGAGGAAAUAUGACUGUGGAGUUCGACCUGUCCACAACUGGACCAGUUCUACUACAGUCUACAUAGACCUCAUAAUGCAGUCUGUCCUCGACGUGGAUGGAAAGACCCAGAGCAUUACUACAAGCAUUUGGUACAGACAGAUCUGGAGGGAUGAGUUCCUCGUCUGGGACCCGGAGGACUUUGAUGGCAUCACUGAGCUCUCUCUCUCUUCUGACGCCAUCUGGGUGCCUGACGUCAUCGUCACCGAAUUCGUGAAAGAGGGAAAGUCCCCUCCCAUCCCCUACGUUUACGUCAACUCGUCUGGUUCUGUGAGGAACUACCGGCCGGUCCAGGCGGUGCUGGCGUGCAGCUUGGAGAUGUACGCCUUUCCUUUUGACAAGCAGAACUGCAGCCUCACCUUUCGCAGCUGGCUUCACUCAGUGAAAGAAAUCGACCUGGCUCUGUGGAGGAGCGCAGAGGCCAUAGCGAGCGAUAAGAGGCAGUUCAUGAAUGAUGGCGAAUGGGAACUGCUGUCCGUUCCAUCCCAGUACUGGCAUAUCCGCCAAGACGACGCCGACUACGCUCAGAUCCAGUUCAACCUGCUGAUCCGCCGGCGCCCCCUGCUGUACGUGGUCGGCCUCCUCAUUCCCAGCAUCUUCCUCAUGCUGGUGGACGUGGUGAGCUUCUACCUGCCUCUGAACAGCGGAACGAGAAUUGCCUUUAAGAUCAGCAUUCUGCUGGGUUACACCGUCUUCAGGGUCAACCUGACAGACGAGCUGCCUGCCACCGCUCUCACGACUCCUCUCAUUGGUGUGUUCUUCGUGGUGUGCAUGGCCAUGCUGAUGCUCAGCCUCAUCAAGUCCAUAUUGGUGGUGAAGCUCCUGCAUCACAGCGAGAAGGAGGUCAAGCAAAUGUCACUGUCUGCCUGCCUGCUGGACCGCUACGGCUCAGCCGGCCACAGCCUCAGCGAGAGCGCUUUGACCUCCAUCAGAACCCUCAACAACAUUUACGCGCCUGGAGAUUAUGAGCUUGAAAGCUCCCUGGAGGAAGACCUCCUGUCCCUGAAUGACGUCCCAGAUCCUCCCUCUGGCCUGGAGUGGCUCCUCCAGGAACUGGUUUCCCUUCGGAUGGCUUUUUCCCAGGAGGACAGCGAGUCUUCUGCUCAGGCCGAAUGGCUGUCGCUCUGCCUGCGGCUCGACCGCUUGCUGUUUCGCCUUUACCUGCUGGUUUUAGCCGUGUACACCGGCACGCUGCUGCUGCUGUGGGCCAGAUGGAGCUUCACUUGAGCCAGCAGCACAUAGAGGCCCCGGCUCCUUAAAUACGAUCACUGUUUGGUUCAAUAACACUGAUUGGGAAACUCAUGCAGAAGUUUCCCAAAGUAAUUUAGACAAACUCAUUGUAAGAUCACGUUUUAGAGGCUCUGAACUACCUUUUAUUUCAAAAAGUGACUGAACAAGAGCUUUUUGAUGCUCUCAUUGAGUCCUUCUACAAAUUUUAGCCAGUUUUGUUUUGUUUUGUUGUGUCUACUAAAUCAUAUAUUUUUAAAUCAAGUUUCAAUUGACUUGUUUUGCAUGAUUUGUAGGAUAAUCUGCAGUCUUAGUAGCCCUGGAUUCAAGUUCAGACUUUGACACUAAGAAGCUAGGGAGGCACAUUUUUGAUUUAGAAAUAUUUAUUUUGCAGAAUCCAACUUUAAAUUCUCUUUGGUUAGUCUUAUUGCAUGGAAUUCCUCCGGGUUCUGCUCUCGAUCCUGUUUAGUUUGUGUCUCAUUUGUUUCCCUUUUCUUAUAUGAGCAUCUCGGGGUAAUGUAAGAAGCUUUUUUUGUGGUGAGUCAAACAUCCAUUAAGCAUCUGCAGGUGACAUAAAACGCUAUUAUAUGUAUUUUUUGCUUUAGCAUUUGGCACAAUUUAAUAGUUAGACUCCAAUAUGUUUAUUUUUUGUGUAUUUUCAUGUCAUUUGCAUAGAAAUUUGUGAACCACUUUGAAGUGGCAGCGUAAUAAAGGCAGCGUGUUAUUUUUUACUACCUGAGAUAUCUCCAAUCACCGGUACGCUGAUGACAUUCAGCUAUUUGUUACUGCUGUACAUUUUGAACCCUACAGUAGUGUAAAGCUUUUCAUAAAGAUCAUAAAAUUGUGAUUGUCAGAGGUAAACAAAAACAAAAUGGCGGCUCUUAUUUGGUCGGCACCGAAGACUUAUAUCAAAAAGCAAACAUCAAUGAAGUCUCCUCCAUGUGGGAGGAUGAGGUACGCUCUCAUGACACCAAUCAUGAAUGUCUGGGCCUCAAUUUCAAAAUGAUGAAUCAAAAACAUCACAGAGAGGCAUCACAAUGUUGGUGGCAGCAUCAUAAUAUGGGGUUACCUUUCCUCAGGUGGACUUAGAGGGUUUUUUGUUUUUUUUUUAACAUCACAGAUGCAAACAUGAACAGUUAGAAAUCCUGGAAUCCAAACUUUAUUUUACUCUUUUUAUAUUAAUCUGACAUAUUUCAUCCUUGUGUCUUCAAGGUCACUUUGGUUUAAACCAAAUGAGUUCUUUAAAAGCGACUCACAUUAAACUCUCUCCUGCUCCUUCUGUUAUUGUUCCUGGUCCGCCGUUAUGUUUUCAGACAGCAGAGAUUCACUCAGAGACUCAGUCCAACCCAGAAACUCCCUGGAGACAAUCCCUCACCGUCCGUGUGCUGUUACCAUAUCAUUUUCAUACUUUAAUCUCCGUCCGUCCGCCACAAAACAGAUCAGUAAAAACCAUUAAUAUCUCAGCUGCUGCAGCUCUGCUCGCCGUUGGUUUUCUAACAGCCGUGAUAAGAAUAUUAAAAGUGCAUUUACAGGAAAGCAGCUGCUGGAACAAUCCAUGGUAACGCAAUUCUGGAGAUAUUGGCAGUGGAUCAGGUGACACUGUGUUAUGCAAUGAAGAACUAAGAAUUUAUAGCUGCUUUAUACUGAUUACUGUCUUAGCUCCAAUAAUAAUAGAUUAGAAUUUAUAUUAUUUGAAUUUGUCUUGCCUUAAAUAUAAAUCACAAGUUUUUAAAAUUUUUUUUAUGUUUUGCCUUUUAUAAGACAAAAAAGACAUUCUGCAACUGCAACUCCUGCAAGUCCUUCUGUGCCGCGAUACUGCAACUUCUAUCCUGCUGCAACGCCUGAGUCAAAUGACGGGUUACUGAACAGACCUUGGCAAAAGCUUACUGACAACCCAAACAGAUAAUUCAGCUUUUUGUUAGAGGUACUUUGGAGCUUUGGAGCAUCCAAAAGUUGCAGAAGAGUUGCAGUUGAGGAUCCGAUUUGCAAACCUUGGCUUUCAUAGGCAUGAGAUUUUUCAGUCAAAAUAUUAGGUGACAGAAAUGUUCUUCAUGCUGAAAUAAAAAGUUUAGUCAGUGGGACUUCCUUUGUGACAUGCACACAUUAAAAAUCAACAAAAAGUCUUGAUAAAAUGCACCAUCUUCAGAGAUGUUUGAAAGACUAAGGAAACACAAAUGUGGAAGGUCUUGAAGUUUUUUCUCCCUGACAGAUUUCUCCUGCAUCAGUUAAAAUCAGUGUUUUUCAUUUCAGAAAGUUGGUAGAAAAACAAGAGAAAAAAAAAGCAAAAUACACAAAAAAU